AUUUUGAUGCGCAAUGAACGAAGUAGAUACGAGUCUCUCAUCUUACUCAAACUCACUAUUCAUGUCUGUCGUUUGAAACUUUUUAACAUUGUUUUUAAAUAUAUGCAGCAUUGCGCGUUUUGCUGAUAUUUCCGCAAAAUAAUAUAACGAAUGUUGCGUGUUAAGAUAAUUAUAAUUUCUUCAUAUUUUCUCAUUUGUCGUUAAAUGUCUUUCUGAAUUUUUUCAUGUGUAUCUGUGUAACUUGCUACUAUGAAUGAUACGAACGAUGUUAUGACAAACAUAUACGACACCUUGAUACACUUGCGGUAUCCACAUAUCACUAACGCAGAGUCAAAAGACUUGGAAGCAACAAUUCUUAGUGGUGAAAAUCGCAUUUGCUUACUUUCUUGGCUUCUGACAGAGAAAUCGCCGUCGAUCAACGCACAUUUGGAAAGGCUGAAGGAUGUUGCCUUGGAAGAUCAAUUAUUCGAAUAUUACUCUCAGAUUGGGAUCUGUAACAACAAGGAUAUAUUACUGGGUAAAUGUUCCUUGAAGGAACAGCUACCAACUUUAAGAUUAUUAUUGGAUUUUAUGAAAGAAGUACAUAUGAAACCGUUUGUGAAUGUAAAUGAGACAGAAAGAACACUUCAUGACAUUAUUAAGCUAUAUAUUGAUGAUGUCGAUCAAAUACCUUCUCUUUCUGUGAAACCAAAAGUAAGUUACGCUGAAAGUAUUAAAUAUUUCAAAGAAAGUGAAACAGAAAUGUUGAGUAAUGAUUGCGGAGAUAUUAAAACUAACUUGGAUGAAGAUUCAUGUGUAGAGACUGAUGAUAGACUAAUCAAUGAUAAACAAAAUACAUUAUUUGAGAAGGAAAAAGAGAAGUUUAUAGAAGCAUUUCAGACAAUUUCGUCUUGGCCAGUACAAACCAGAAAUUUAGACAAAAAUAUUUCUGAUUCCAUUUGUUCAGACAUUAAAAGUGUAUGCUCUGAUUUUAACACUUUAAAAAAGGUGCUGCAAGCAAAAGACGAGAUAUGUAAUAAGAAAAAUUUAGCAGCAUUACCGAAGACUACUACACCUUUAAAUAAAGUUAUAGAAGAUAUAGUUAUUUAUAACGAAGAACUCGAAAAUUGGAGUAUGACAAAUAAUAGCGUUGAUUAAUUUUGUAUUUAUACUUAUACAUAAUUCUAGCUAUAAUUAUUAAGCAUAAUUUAUAUAUAUGUAAUGUAAUCCAAAUAUUUGUAAUAUACACACCAAGAAAAAUCUAUUUCUGAAAUUUUAUUA